AUGCUUCCAGAAAAUGCUUUGCCAAUGUUGCAGAUGCAGAUAUGUCUUAUCUUUCUUGCAACCUUUUUCUUGCACACCAUUCUGGGUCGUCUAGGAAUCCCCAGAUUCACUUCCAUGAGCCUUGUUGGCCUAAUCUUUGCAACCACCUUCACUGAAAAAUGGGCUCAGAAGUGGAGGCAGUUGUUCUUUAUUGACUCCCAGGCAAAUCUGGGGUUGCUUUCAGUAUUUGGCUACAUGCUUUUCCUGUUCUCCACAGGGGUCCAAACAGACAUGAGUGUGAUCCACAGGACUACAAGAUGUGCCACCAACAUAGGGUCUAUUGCCAUUAUGGCUCCCCUUAUAUGCAGCAUGCUUGUUGUGCAUUUUCACUCCGCAAAAUACCUAGACCUUGGUCAGGCAGCAAGACUUCGAGCUAUCUCUGGUUUGUUCUCUGUGACCCCUUUCCCUAACGUUUGCUUAGUUUUAAGUGAUAUCAAGAUCCUGAAUUCGGAGCUAGGGAGAUUAAGCCAGUCCGCAGCUUUGGUUACUGAGUUGUUCAAUGUGUUCUUGAUAACAAUCCUUAAUAUAACCAAAAUUAUGUAUGAAGAUCCAUCAAAAGCCUGGUUUAACCUCAUAGCAGCAGUUUUGUUUGUGCUGUUGGUUGUGUUCAUCUAUCGCCCAGCCAUGUAUUGGAUCAUAAAACAGACCCCAGAGGGUUCUCCUGUUAGUGAUCACUAUGUGUAUUGCAUAUUCAUAAUGGCUUUGUUGGCAUCCUAUGCCACACAUCGCAUUGGAUUUUUGGCUCUCUUUGGCCCUUUUGUCGUGGGCUUGGCUACCCCAGAAGGGCCUCCAUUAGGCACUGCCAUAAUUAAAAAGAUUGACACUUUUGUUAACUGGGUUUUGAUGCCUCUAUUUGUGACCACGUGUGCGAUGAGGGUGGACCUCAGAGACGUCAUGAACUGGGGAUACAGAAUGAGUGGAGAAAUUGACGAGUUCAUGGUGCAAACCCUGAUUAUUAUUGUAGUAGCUACCGUUGUCAAAUUGGUUGCAUGCACUUUGCUUCCUUUGUACAGCAACAUGCCCUUGAAUGACGCAGUUUCUCUCUCUUUGAUUAUGAGCGGCAAGGGCAUAGUCGAAUUGGCUGGAGUCUCCAUUGUCAGAGAUAUCAUGGGCAUGCCAGACAACGUGUUUGCGUUGGUAAUAAUCUGCAUCAUUCUUAACGCCACGGUGAUGCCAAUGCUCCUUGCAUACCUCUAUGACCCCAUGAAGAAAUACUCAGGAAACUACACCAAACGAAACAUCUUCGACCUCAAAAGCAACACAGAGCUUCGAGUCCUCACAUGCAUCCACAGACCCGACAACAUUCCCCCCACCAUCAACCUUCUCGAAGCCACCUUCCCCACCAAAGACAACCCUCUAUGCAUCUACGUCCUCCAGCUCAUAGAACUCAUCGGAAGAGCCUCCCCUCUCUUUAUCUCCCACAAUCUCCAAUCCAAGAAAGAAACCGACUCAAAUAGCUCCAUGGCAGACAAACUCAUCGAUGCAUUCCAAAACUUCGAGCAAGAGUUCAAGGAUGCACUUUUGGUGAACACUUACACAUCAAUCUCACCAACUGAGAUGAUGUACGAUGACAUUUGCACUUUGGCAUUAAACAAGUUCACCUCACUCAUUGUUCUUCCUUUUCAUAAAAAGUGGUCUUCUGAUGGGAAUUUCGUUGAGAUUGAAGAUGAGUCUUUAAGAGAGUUGAACUUUCGUGUCAUGCAAAGAGCUCCAUGUUCAGUUGGGAUAUUGAUUGAGAGAGUGCAAAUGACACAUAUUUUCUCCCCCGAGACGCCUUACUCUGUUUGCAUGCUUUUCAUUGGAGGGAGAGAUGAUAGAGAAGCGCUUUUCUUUGCUAAGAGAAUGACGAAGAAUCCGAAUGUUAGGCUCACUGUGGUUAGAUUUUUCGCUGCGAGAAAUUCGGAGAUAACGGAUUUGCAGGAAUUGCUUGAUACUGAGAUUCUGAAUGAUAUAAAGGCGAAGAAGAAGGUGGGGGAGUCAUCUGUGAAGUACAUAGAGAAGAGUGUGAGGGAUGGACCUGAGACGGCUUUGGCGAUUCGGAAGUUGGUGACUGAGUAUGAUUUGAUCAUUGUUGGUAGACAAGCUGGGAUUGAAACUCCUCAAACUUCUGGGUUGUUGCAGUGGAGUGAGUAUCCAGAACUUGGCGUGCUUGGUGAUUUGUUGGCUUCAACUGAUGCUGCUGGCAAGGCUUCUGUGUUUGUGAUGCAGCAACAAAGAACAGCCAGGGGUAAUUAA